AUGAUGAGUGAUGCAAACAAAAGACAGCUAAGAACGAGAAGAAAAAAAACUAUGAAUUCAUUAUAUUAUAAUAGUGAUUAUAGUAAUGAUAUAAAUAUAGAAGAUUCUAAAAGUAGAUUAAGUGGUGGCAAGAAAAGUGAGGGUAGUUCUAGUAAAUCAAAAGAUGUUAUAUCAUCUUAUACUAAGAAAUAUAGCCUUAAUAAUAAAAAUCAUAAACAUAGUAAAAAUAUUAUGAAUCAUAAAAAUAUGAUUUAUAGUGAUGGGUAUAUGAAUAAUAUGAAUGAAGACAAUGUAGACAAUGAAGAAAUUUGUGAGAAUCAUUUGUAUGAGGAAAAUAAUGAUAAUAAUAUGAAUGAUGAUAUGAAUGAAAAUAAUAUAAUAGAUGAAGAUGAAAAUGAAAAUACAAAUCUUGUAAAUAUAGACGAUGAAAAUAUUAAUGAUGAUAAUAAUAAUGAAAAUAAUGAUAAUAUUGAAGACAUGACUAAUGACAUGAAUAAUAAUGUAAGUCAUAAUAAUAUUAUUAGCAAUGAUAAUUCAUAUAAUAAUCAAAUAGAUAGUACAUUUCUUAAUAUGAAUAAUAAAAGAAAAGAUGAGGAACAUAUAAAUAAUGAUGAUGAAUAUAUACAUAAAAGUAAAGAUAAGAAAAAAAGUGGAUCAUUAGUACAUAUAAAAAAUGAAAAUACAAAUAAAUUAGAUAAUAGUAAUAAUAAUAAUAAUAAUAAUAAAAAUAAAAAAGAUAGUGUAAGUGCAAAUGGAUCUAAUAAGAAUAAUUGUAAUACAUCUAGUAGUAAUAAUCGUAGUAGACAUGUACCUAAUAAUAACGAAAUAAAUUAUGCAAAAAUGGCUGAAAAAUUACCUCAUGUUGUUGGGGUUAGAUUUGAUAAGUCACAAAAUAGAUGGCUAUCUGGUAUAUGUAUUAAUGGACGAUGUAUUAACAGAUAUUUCCCAGUAUAUAAAUUUGGAUUUGAAGAAGCUCGUCGGUUAGCCAUUCAACAUAGGAAAAAUUUUGAGACAGCUAAUGUAGGUCAUUUAAAAAAACAACAGGGUGAGGCUAAAACGUCUCACUUGAAUUUGUUGAACCUUAACUCGCAAAUACCCAAUGACUUUAAAGAUAUCCAAGGAAAAAAUAAACUUAUUUUCAAAUACCUUUCUUAUGACUCCAUUCAAAAAGAGUGGGUUGUAACAUACGAUUAUGACAACAAAGUUCUCGUUAAUAAAUUUCCUGUAGAUAUAUAUGGAUACAAUAAUGCCUACGAAAUGGCUGUCCAUUGUAUCAAUAAGCUUAAUAUAUGUAAUCAGGAAAAGUUGUGUAAAAAUAUUAAUAAACAAGAGCAUUCAAGAGGAUUACAAGGUGAUUUGUUAAAUAAUUUUAAUGAUAAUAAUAUUAAUAAUAAUAAUAAUAUGAAUGAUAACAAUAAUAAUAAUAUACUUGAUAAUAAUAAUAAUUUGAUUGAUAAUAAUAAUAAUAAUAAUAUUUCGAUUGAUAAUCACAAUUUGAAUAUAUAUAAUAAUUCCAGUGAACAUAAUAAUAUGUGUGAAGAUUUGAGUUCUUUUAAAAUACCCCAAAACAAAAUAACUAAGUUAAUUAAUUCAGGGCAAUCAAAUUUUUUAAUGAAUAAUCAAAAAUCAGAAAUGGCUUUGAACGAUAUUCUUAAUAAUGAGAAUAUGAUGAAUAAUUUAAUUCAUGAAAAGCAAAAACUGAAUAUAAACCAUAAUAAUAUUAAUAAAAAAUUAGAAGAAUUAGAAAAUAUGAGAAAAGAAGAUACAAUGUUUUUAAAUGACAGUUCUUCUUAUUUAAGUACCAACGAUAUAAAAGUAUUGAAUGGUAUUAAAAGAUUAAAAACAGAUAAUUCUCCUUUUAAUAAACAGGAUGAGGAAUUUUUAUUAAAUUCUAAAAAUUUGAAUAAAUAUUCUACUAUGCAAAACAAUAAAUCUUAUGAUAUUUUAAAUGAUUCAAAUUUUAAUAUAUUAGAAAAUGAAGGAAUGUUUUCUUUAAAUGAUAAAAAAGGUAUAAAUAAUAACGAUAUGUCAAAAAAUAGAAAUAUUACAAAUUCUAAUUAUUUUAAACCAUUCCAUGAUGAAGCAGAAAAUAAUAUAUAUCAGUUAUUAAAUGGAAAAUAUUUAACCAAUGAGGAUAAAAGUGUACAUAUCAAUCUUUUGAAUAGUGUAAUGAAGCAAAGUACUAUGAACAAAUUAUCAAAUGAAGAAGAUCUUUUUGAAAAAAAAGAAAAAAAAAGAAAAUUAAAGAAUAAUAUGCUUGAACAAAAAGGAGAUGAUCAAUUUAUAAAUAUGAACAAAAGGAUCGAUACGAACUUAGUGAGUAAUAAUAAUAAUAUAAAUGCAUUUAACAACAACAAUAAUAAUAAUAUUGUCAAUAAUAAUAUUGUCAAUAAUAAUAUUGUCAGUAAUAAUAUUGUCAGUAAUAAUAUUGUCAGUAAUAAUAUUAGCAAUAAUAAUAUUAUCAAUAAUAAUAAUAAUGUAAUCCCUUUUGGUGAUGAACAUUUUGAUGCCUUGUCAUUCGAUGAGUAUCGAAAACGUAUUAAUAGUAAAAAGAGUAAUUAUUCAAAUAUAGGAGAAAAUGAAAAAUACAAGAAAUUAGCUAACGGGUUGUUAGAUAAUGGUGAAACACUAUCUAAAAAUUUAAAUGAAUUAAAAAUGUAUCAUUUGGCAGGAAAAAAAGAAAAAGAUAAUAAUAUGAACAAUAUGAAUAAUAACAUUUUAUAUAAUAAUAAUAAUAUGAAAUAUUAUACACAUAACGAACAUCAUAAGAAUGAAGAAUUAAAAAGGAGUCAACUUAAUGAAAAUGUGAAUCAUGAGAAUAUGCUAAAUUUGAAUCAAAUGAUAAGAAAUAUACUUAAUAAUAAUAGUGUAGAUAAUAAUGAAAAAAUAAUAAAAGGUAUAAAUAUCUUAAAAAAUAUGACUAUGAAUGAUAAAUUUAAUUUGAUUAAUUUUAAUAAUCAAUGCAUGAAUUAUUCGUAUAACAAUAUGAUGAAAAAGGAAAAUUAUGUUAAAAAUAUAUAUAAAAUUAUUAAUAAGGGUUCAGAGGAUUCUAUUAAUUAUGAUGAAUAUUUAACUGUCAAGUUAGAAGUUGAAGAUGGUGAAGAAAAAGAUCAAAAUGGUGAAAAAAAAAAAAUCAACACAUCAGAGGCAUAUCAUGAAGGAAAAAUGAAUAAAAAACAUAAAAAGAAAAAAAAAAUGAAGCAAAAUAAAUUAGAUGAAGAUAUUACUGUAAAUAAUGGAAUGAUAAAUGAAGGAGACAAUGACAAAAUUGAAGAUACUAAUAAAAAUGACGAUAUAUCAAAUAAUUCAGAAGUUACAAAUAAAGAUAUUAUAAAUGGUGAAAGAAAUUCAAAUGAUUCUGAAGAAAAGGAGAAGGAAGAAAAAGAAGAUUAUAAUGAAAAUACAUAUAAUAAUAUGAAUACAGAUAAUAAUACAUCAAACAGUAAUGAUGAUAAUGAACAAAUAAUUAAUAACGAAAAUGAUUAUAUAUUAAACAAAACAAAUAAUGAAAUUAAUAAAGAAAUAAAUACAUCUAUAAAUGAAUUUAAUGAUAUUGCUUUCCAAUUGUGUCCUUGGAAAAAAGGUAUUCAAUGGAAUUUGUUAAAAAAAAUGUGGACCUGUAAAUUAUGGGAUAAUAAAGGUAAUGAAAUUACAAAAAAUAUUCAUAUAAAAAAAAAAGAAGGUAUUGAUAUUGGAUAUAAAUAUUGUAUAAAAAUUCGAACAAAUUCUUUUAUAUUUUAUCUAUCAAAAGAAUUAAAUAAAUUUCCACAUAUUCCUGAAAUAUCUUACGACUUACAAAAUCUUCAUUUUGUUGUAUCUUAUAAAGAUAAUGAAAAGAAAAUAUAUUCCUUUGAAGAUGGAAUUUAUAAAUCAUUUAUAGACUGUAUGGAAUAUCUAAACAAACAAAAAAGAGAAUAUAAUGAAAAUAUUUAUGAUAUAUCCAAUUUUAUAAAAGAAAAAAAUAAUUUGGAAUUAGAUGAUAUAUAUAAAGAAUUAAAUUAUUUCGAAUAUAAUAGAAAUGUAUUAAGUAAUAUUUGUGAAGAAACAAAAAUUGCAUAUAGUAUAAAACCAUGGUUAAGAGGUAUUAUAUGGGAAGAUAAAUUGAAAAAAUGGAUAGUCUUUUUUAAAGAUAAAAAUGAAAACUUGAGAAUUAGCUUUUUUAGUACAUCAGAUUAUAACGAUGAUGUUAUUAUGUCUUAUAAUAAAGCUUGUGAAUAUUUUUCACAAGUUAAAGAAUCAAAUAAUUUUGAUUCCAAUUCAGAGGAAUUUGCUCAGUCCAUUAAAAAUGUUAUUAAAAAUGUUCAAUUUGAUAAAAUAAUAGAACAACAAAAUGACGCAAAUAAUAAUGAUCACAAGAAAGGUAAUUUGCAAGAGGACCAUGAUAUACAAACAAAUUAUUAUAAUAAGGUGACACAAGGAAAUGAAGGGGAAACAAAUAAUAAUAAUAAUAAUAAUCAAGGAGAAAAUAUGACCGACUCUCAAAUUGUCUUAAAUACAAAUGAAAUCCAUGUCCAUAAUGUACAUACAUUAAAACGUCCUGAAGGAUUAUAUAAUAUUGCAGAAACACAAUCAACCCAUUUUUUAAAAGAUAAUAAUAUUUCGAAUGAGCACAAAAGUAUGGAAACAUUUUAUAAUGAAAACUCUUAUUAUAAUGAUGAUAUUGCUUUUCUAAAUUAUGCUGAUAGUAAUGAUAGUCUUAUUUCAAAAGGAAUGUCUCAAUAUUUAUCAUUACCAUCAAAAAAAAAGAAGAAAAAAAGAACUACUGAAGAUAUAUAUAAAAGCGAAAUUGAUGUUUUAUCUUAUCAAAAUAAUGAAUUAUAUAGCAAUGUAAAAAAUGAAAACUAUGAUGAAAAUAUUUCAGAGAAUAAUAAAAAAUAUGGAAAAAGGAAAAUGGAAUUGAAUUUUUUAAGUCACAGUGAAAAUAAUAUAAAUAAUAUAAAUAAUAAUACUUAUAAUAAUAAUGAUUAUACAAAUGAUGAUAAUCAUAGUAGUAAGGUGUAUUCUUCUGAUUGUGAAAAGAAUACUAAUCAUAACAAAAAGACGGAAGAUAAAUAUGAUCAAGAGAACAAUAAAUAUUUUUAUAAUAAAGAUAAAUUAUUAUUUGACCACGAAAAUGGUACAAUUCCAAGAAAUAUAAAGAAGGAAUCAAACAAUUUAAACAGCGAAUAUAAUUUGGAUUAUUUAAAUUCUGAAGAUAUUAAAAAUAAUAACCAUCACCAUCACAAUAAUAAUAAUAAUAUUAUUAUUAAUGGACCAUCAAGUGAUGGAGAAACAAUAAUUUUAUCACAGUAUCACAAAAAUGAUGAUGAUGAAGAUGAUGGAAAUAAUACAGAUAAUUCAAAAAUAUUAAGAAGUUUUGAUAAGUGCUCAAAUGAAAAUAGUGUAUGUAUAAAUAAAAGUAAUGAGAAACUUGAAAACAUUUUAGACGGAGGAGUAAAUAUGAGAUUACCAAAAAGUGAAAUUUUAAAUCAAGCUUCUAGAUUACCCAAAUUACAAGGUAUGUUUUUUGAUAAGAGAAGAAAUUAUUGGACUGUUAGUGUUUGUGGUUUCAGAAAAUCAUUUGGUGUUAGGACAAGAGGUGUAUAUCAAGCAUACAAAUUAGCAGCUGAAUUUCGUAAUCGUAUAUUAGAAAACAAUAAAGGUAAAUAUUAUCCUCAAAGAAGUACAAGUAUGUCUAGUAAUUAUAAAUAUAAUACAAAGGGUGGAUCCAUAAUUAUUAAAGAUGAAAAAUUGAAUUAUAGUAAUAUAUCUGAAAUGACAUCUGUAGAUGAAGAAUAUGAUCCAAAAAAAAAAAAAAGUUCGUUUUCUUCUAAUAAUAUUAAUAAUAUUGAUAAGGAAUUAUAUUCAUUAAAUGACAAAGAAAGUAAUAGUAGUGGAUUAUAUUAUUCUUUUAAUGUAAAAGGGAAAACCAGUUCAAAUAUAUAUGAUUAUUUUUUAGAUAAAAAAGAACAUGACUAUUUCGCAACAAAUAAUAGUAGUAAUAAUAUAAAUAAUAAUAAUAAUAAUAAUAAUAAUGAUAUAAAUAAUAAUAGUACUAAUGAUAUAAAUAAUAAUGGUACUAAUGAUACAAAUAAUAAGAAAGAUCCAAAAGGUAUACCUAAUAAUUCAUGUUAUGAUGAUCAAUAUAAUAAUAUUGAAAAUGAAGAGGAAGAAGAAGAAAGGGAAGGGGAAGAAGCUGAAAGGUGGAAUAUAUCAGAUAAAGUGAAUAAUAAAAAUAAUGAUAAUAAAAUUCAAAUUGGUAAUAAUACUUUUGGACAAUUAAAAUAUGAUAGUGCUUUAGAAUCAAACCUUAUCAAUUUUAUAAACGAGGUAGGUUCAUCUGAUUUUUUGAAAGAUGCCAAAAUUAAUAAUAAUAAUAAUAACAAUAAUAAUAAUAAUAAUAUUGGUGGAAAUAAAAAGAAUCAACAUAUAAAUAAUAAUAUUAGCAAUAGUAAUACUUUAAAUAAUAGCUUAAAUGUUCAAAAUAUUUCUUCUAGUAAUAGUGCUAUAAGUAAUAAUGGAGUUAUAAAUAAUUAUUCACCUACACAUAUAUAUGAAGUAGACAAUCUCAAUAAUAGUCAAGAUUACUAUUUAAAAAAUGACGAAAUGAAAAAUGAAUUAAAUAAAGUGGAAGAUCAAAAAAAUAAAAAGGAUAUUUCAAGCACAAAUAGUCUACUAAAACAUUUUAUGAAUGAUGAUAUAUUAAUAAAUAAUAAAGUAAAACAACAACCCUUUUUUGAUAGUCACAACAAUUAUAAUAAGUUAGGACACAAACAAGUCAAAACAUCUGCUUAUACGGAAAGUGCAAUUGGAUUAGGCUUUAGAAAAAAUGGAUAUAUUAAUGAUUGUGACUUAGUUAAUAAUAAUAAUAAUAAUAAUAAUAAUAACAUGCAUAUAAAGAACAAUGGUGUUAUAUUAAAUAAAUUGAUAUCUUCUAACCACGAUAGUAAAGAUAACAGUAAUAACAAUAUUAAGGAUAAAGAUAGGGAAGAUAAUAAUAAAAAUAUUUAUAAUAAUAAUAAUGAUAGAUCUAUUGGUAGUUAUGUAAACAAUCUUGGUGUAAUAGAAAACCAAUGUGAGAAUAGUAAAGGAGCAGAUGAAAACACGAAAAAUUUUAAUAAUAAUAAAACAUUAAAUAAUUAUGAACCAGAAAAUAAGUCUUAUAAUUACAGUCCAGUGUUAGAUGAAACUCUAGAAGAAAGAGAUGUGAGAAUAAAUAGAGAGGUAAGCAAAUGUAAAUUUGUAGAUGGAUUAAUAUACGAUGAAGCUAAUAAAUGUUUUCGAAUAAAAAUUAAUGGUUAUAGAAAAGCAUAUUCUGUUAUUAGAAGAGGAGUAAAAGAAGCUUAUAAAUUAAGUAUUGAAUCUAUAGAACAAAUUAAAAGACAAACACAAACAAAUAAUUUUAAUAAUAAUGAACAGUCACAAGUUAAUACAAAUAAUAUGACACAGAUAUAUAAUUCAAGUUCUGAAAAUUCAAGACAUGGAUCAUGUUAUAAUUAUCAACAUAAUCAUAAAAGUAAACUAGAGAAUUCGAAUGAUAAUCCUGAAGAAAAAUAUGACCACAUCAAUAAUAUGACCAAUGUAGGACAUGAAAAUAAACAGAGCGCUGAAGAAAGUUUGUUUCCAAUGUUAAAUGUAGAUGAUAAAUAUUAUGAACUUCUUAAAACAUCCAUUAUUAUAUGUCUGAAUGAUAUACUUAUGAAUUGUAUACCUCAAGUAUUUCACCUAUACAAAAAUAUCAAUACAUCAAAUGACAUAAAAUUAGAAGAUAUAUUAUAUACUGAAAGGAAAAGAAAAGAACAGUCCUUAAAAUAUCAUAUUGAAUAUACACAAAAUUCUGUAGGUGUGUCAUCCCUUAUACCUUACUUGAAAUUAUUUAGUACCGAAAUUUUAAAUAACGUUUUACCAUCAGCACAAUCCUUGGAAAUACAAAGAUUAAUAAUUCAUUCGUUGGAUAUACAAACAUAUAAUACAUUAUAUUAA